ACCUCUCCCUUCUCCUCUUCUUCCGCUCUAAUCCACACACUCCUGUCUUCUUCUGUUUUUUUUUCUUUUUUCUUUUCCACAAUUUCUUUCUACUCCGUAAUAAGCAGGGUUAGAAGAAGCUUCCGGUAUCAGUUCAUUAGUGAUAGAAUCUUUGAUUUUUCCACGCAAAUUUCGUGGUAUAUAGCAAUUCAAAGCCGAGUGUCUUUUCUGUAAUCUGCUGUGUUCACAUCAUUCAAAUGAAUUGAGAAUUGAAAUGGUUGAUUCUAUCUGGUUCCUGGGCAAAGCAUAAAGUCUGCAAUUCUGUGUGAGGGUUAUUUUUGUGCUAGCAAUCAACAUGACUUCAUCCUCAAGUCAUGACCAUUCAGAUAAUAGUGAGAAGGAACAGCAUCAAAACCACUCGGAGCAUGAAAUUCAGUCUUCAUCAGAUUUGAUUCCUCACCUUGGAGUCAUUGUACCAUUGGCUUAUGCAAUGCCUCCACAUGAUGGAAAUGGAAAUCCUAUGGCACAGACGAUGUAUCCAUAUCCAGAUCGUUAUUACAGACCCAUAUUUGCUCCUUACGAUACACAGCCUUAUGCUGCACAACCUUACCCAGCUCAGCCAAUGGUUCAUCUUCAAUCGAUGGGGAGUCAACAAGUACCUGGGGUUCCUUUGCCAUCAGAUGCAGCACUUGAAGAGCCUGUCUUUGUUAAUGCAAAACAAUAUCAUGGCAUAUUAAGGCGUCGACAAUCUCGUGCCAAAGCUGAAUCUGUAAACAAACUUCUCAAGCCCAGGAAGCCAUACUUGCAUGAAUCGCGACAUUUGCAUGCACUAAGAAGGGCUAGGGGAUGCGGUGGGCGAUUUACUUCAAAGAAAAACGAGAAACAAUCAGGAAAUGAGCCCGACCAUUCAGGGGAUGAUGAUGAUAAAUCACUGCCCAUUGUCAACCUCAAUUCUGAAGAUUGUGAAAUUGCCUCAGGACGCGCAUCUUGAUUCUUUCUACACCCGGGUUUUUUUUAAAGUUUAUCUCAGGAACCAUACCAUACUACCACAAACUUUGCCUCCCACACCCCAUUUAGUAUCAUGUGUGUGAACAAAAUAUUGGAUUAGGUGCUAAUUUGGGGUAAGAGGGUUGGGGUGCAGAUAGCUUUUAUCAUAUCUCAGUGUGUAAAAAUCAGAAAUAGGCUUUUUUAGGACAGUGGAAGAAGAUGUGGGUAGUGUGACUGUGAUUUGCAGUGGAAGAUAGAAUGAAGAUAUAGAUGCAGAACAUGAACUUCUUAAAGUUUGUAAUGGUCAUUGAUCCUACACAAAUGUGAUGGUGUAAAUUACCGGGUUAUUCCUUAUCGAGU